CGUGAUCGCCUUUUGUUUUGAGAUUUCAACUUUGAAUCUCUCGCUGGCGAAUGAUCAUUUCGUCUAUACCCUCGGCCAGGCAGGGAGGCACAACAACAGAAGCUCGAAUGCUGGAACGAAGUCGCCACCAUGAUAAUCCGUAUCCAGUCACCUGAGGGCACCAAACGUGUGGAGGCCAAACCAACAGACUCCAGCAAGUUACUGUAUGAAAAGGUUCACAAAACUUUUGGGUUAAGUGGCUUUAACUUUGCCCUUUACCUCUCACGGGAUAAAAAGACAGAAUUAUUGUCCUCGCCCAGGAAGACCUUGAAAUCAUUCAAGUUGAAUCAUGGGGACAUGAUCUACCUUUAUGGAGUGAAUGGCCCCCUCCAAGUCCCAGAAGAGCCCAGCAGUUGUGUUGGUGCCAGCAGUUCAGGAUCUGGUAAUGGGGAUAACAGCAAAAAAAUCCAAACAACUGGGGAAGUGCAGCAGGUUGCAUCUAGUAUCAAGAGUUUCGUUGUGGAGGACGAAGUUGACCAGUUACUUGCCAAGGGCGGUCUGAUUGAACGCAAAAAGAACAUUCAGUUGUGCCGGCAUGGUGCUAAUGGCAAAUGUGUCCACUGUAUACCACUAGAUCCAUGGGAUGAAGGUUACAUGAAAGAACAGAAUAUUAAGCACAUGUCUUUCACUUCUUACCUGCGCAAAUUGACAUCAGGCGUGGAUAAGGGAAAAUUUGUUGCUUUAGAAAAUAUAAACUGCAAGAUCAAACCAGGGUGUAAAGAUCAUCCUCCAUGGCCUAAAGGAAUUUGUUCCAAAUGUCAGCCUUCUGCAAUUACACUCAAUCGACAGUCGUAUAGGCAUGUAGAUAAUGUCAUGUUUGAGAAUCCAAACUUGGUUGAGCGAUUCCUCAACUACUGGCGUGUAACUGGCCACCAACGUGUUGGAUUCCUUUAUGGCAAGUAUGAGCCCCACUUGGAUGUACCCCUUGGAAUCAAGGCCACAGUAAUGGCUGUGUAUGAGCCACCUCAAGAGGGAUCCAGAGAUCACGUCAAGUUGCUGCCCGAUUCCAAGAAGGAUAUUGUUGAUGAGAUUGCCAAAGGUCUUGGUAUGACCUGUCUUGGUUGGAUAUUCACUGAUCUUGUACCUUUAGACUCAAACAACGGAACAGUUCGAUUCUUACGUCAUGCAGAUACAUACUUCCUGUCAGCACAUGAAGUUAUUACUGCUGCUCACCUUCAGAGCUUACACCCCAAUACCUGUAGGUUAUCACCAGAUGGAUACUUCGGCUCCAAAUUUGUGACAGUCAUAGUCACCGGUGAUAAAAAUAACCAGGUCCACAUGGAGGGCUACCAGGUGAGCAAUCAGUGUCAGUCUGUGGUGAAGGACAGGUGCCUCAUCCCCACCAAAGAUGCUCCAGAGCUAGCUUACAUACGGGAGUCUACGUCUGAACAAUAUGUUCCUGAUGUUUACUUUAAGGAGAAAGAUCAGUAUAAUAAUGAAGUUGUUCGCCUAGGAAGACCAUUACCAGUAGAAUACCUACUGCUUGACUGUCCAGUCUCAACACCAAAUGAACCUUUGUAUAGUUUUGCAGUCAAUGCCUCAAAUUUCCCAGUGGCAAACAGAUUAGUAGAAGGGCAUUUACAAGAUUUCAACACAUUAGCUUCAUAUCUACAAAAGUUCAGUGAUGACCAGUUUUUGGAAGCAGUGUCUGACUUUCAUGUACUAAUAUUUAUUGCUACAAUGGACAUGUUACCGCUCAGAGAAUAUAUAGGCCCAUUACUGGAAUCAGUAAAAAAACGUGAUCGAGCACAAGCACUGGAAUGGAAGCAGUCUGAACAUUGGGCAACUGUGGAACAGUUGGUGAUGGCAUCAGGUGGUGGAGCAUCAGUGCUAGGGGCUGGUGAAGAAGCUGCAGCUGCAGGUUCUAGUGCUCAGUCAUCAUCUUCCUCUACCUCUUGGACUUGCCAACACUGCACAUUUAUCAAUCAAACAGCUAGUGAAAACUGUGAGAUGUGCCACCUACCACGGUGAAUUGAUAUCCAGUAACAUAGUUGCAUCUAAAUUGAUACUGAUAUUCAGUGUCAUUGUUUAGCUGAAAACAAAUUUCUGAUUGAUUUCUUUAUGGUGAAAGAAGCUCACAUUAAUAUCAGCUUUGAUACAAGCUGAACAUUGCCAGCUGGAAUUGUUACUUACAUUUUCAUGAAAAUUGCUUGGAUGUUGCCAAGCAUUGUAAUAGUCCUCAGUGGAGGAUACUUAAAUUUUUACAAAAACUUGGUUGUAAAUUGUUUCAGCCCUCUUCAGUGUAAAAUGUUCAGCUCAGUUUAAUGUUCUCACACAAGAAUGAGGUAUGACUUAACAUUUUUGAAAGCUUGACAUAAAUAUUAAAGACAAAAAGAUUAAGAGGGGGGGUGGAAACAAGCAGAGAUGCAUGCAAAUGUAAAUCAUGGAUGACUAAGCUAUACACAAAGCAUCUGUCCCUACUUUCAAUAUUAAUAGUGAUUUUUAUCCUUUUUAUACUUUUUUCUUGAAGUGUAAUGUUAAAGAGAAGUUUGUGAGUUUCAGUAUUGUGUAACUAAUGAAUGAAAUAAAGAUGAAUGUAUAGCAUUUCUGUAUUGUGUUAACUAGUAUAAGAGAGCUGUACAGACAGUUUCUUGAACUCUUAAAAUCUGCUGAACUGGCAUUUGGGUGUUCAGUACCCUUGGUUAUAUUAGUGAUGAGUGUAAGUUAUUUCUAUCGUAAUUAAGGGUUAUUUUGCAAUUUGAAAUUAGAGGUGAAUAUUUUUUAUUAUAUCUUAUUAUUUUCAAAGUGGUACACAUAUGGACAUUAACAUUUGGAAGCCUGGAUACCAUUCUCUAUUACCAUUAUUUUCAGGUACAUUAUGUAAUAUUUAUAUAUAACAAACGAGAAAGAAUCCCACAGUGCUAAGGCUUUAUAGUAGAGCAGUGCAGAGUAAUAUGAAGAUCAGAUUGUGGUGUUAGAAUGUUUAAUUAGUUCUUUUUUAACUUUAACUUGUUCGAAUUUUCAUGGAAUGAAGUAGUUGAAUCUUUUGAUUUUUUUUUUUUCAUCUCUUUUUGUUUGUUUUGUAUUGUUUUUUAAUUCCUUUUCUGUGUGUCAAUUUAUACUUUUGGAACAUUUACAUAUAACCAGGUUAUGAUUAUUGUAGAGAUUAACACAUACACCAAAAUAGAUAAUGUUUUUGUGUGUUCUACAGAUUUAGAAUUUUAUUUGUUCCUGGUGUUUUUUUUUUUUUAGAUGUUCCAGUUACUAGUAUUUUUCGUUUUGCUCAUUCACAUCAUUGAGUCUUCGGGUAAUUCAGCCACAGAUCAUUUGCUAGGCCAUCCACAAUUUUGUACCCAAAAGUAUUUGAUUGGUUAAAAGGGAACCUUUUUUGCAACUAUUGGAAAGGUUUAGGAUUUUGAAAAGUAUCUGUAAAAUUUUUGGUAGUUCGAGGUAUUAAAAGAUCUGGAUAAAUAUCUUUAUUUUUACCUCAUUGCAAAAAACAUUAUAUGGGGAUGACCAUACUGUGUUGGCACCUAUUUUGAAAAAAAAAUAAAUAAAAAUAAAAAUACCAGCUGAAAAACAGUGGAGUGACACUCUUUAUGUGAGCCUUUGCUGAUGCUACUUUUUGCACCUGCUGUUGCUAGCUUGUACAGAACCCAUUGUGGUUAGGUAGCUUAUUAAUAAAAUUAUUUCAAGAUUAA